CGCAGGACUGCUCCCGGCCCGGAUCGCUAUGGCAGCGGCGUGGUCGUGGGCUGGGACCCUGCGAUCCCGCCCGGGCCUGGCUGCCUCAACAGCCGCCCCCACUGCACACUUUAGGGCAUGAACCGAGCCUCCUGCUGCCGCCCGCUGCCCUACCCGCCGCUGCCGCCGCAUCCCGACUCUGGGCCAGCGCUGGGAACAUGCCCCUGGCCGCCUACUGCUACCUGCGGGUCGUGGGCAAGGGGAGCUACGGAGAGGUGACGCUUGUGAAGCACCGGCGGGACGGCAAGCAGUAUGUCAUCAAAAAACUGAACCUCCGAAAUGCCUCUAGCCGAGAGCGGCGAGCUGCUGAACAGGAAGCCCAGCUCUUGUCUCAGUUGAAGCAUCCCAACAUUGUCACCUACAAGGAGUCAUGGGAAGGAGGAGAUGGUCUGCUCUACAUCGUCAUGGGCUUCUGUGAAGGAGGUGAUCUGUACCGAAAGCUUAAGGAGCAGAAAGGGCAGCUUCUGCCUGAGAAUCAGGUGGUAGAGUGGUUUGUACAGAUCGCCAUGGCUUUGCAGUAUUUACAUGAAAAACACAUCCUUCAUCGAGAUCUGAAAACUCAAAAUGUCUUCCUAACAAGAACAAACAUCAUCAAAGUGGGGGACCUAGGAAUUGCCCGAGUGUUAGAGAACCACUGUGACAUGGCUAGCACACUCAUUGGCACACCCUACUACAUGAGCCCUGAAUUGUUCUCAAACAAACCCUACAACUAUAAGUCUGAUGUUUGGGCUCUAGGAUGCUGUGUCUAUGAAAUGGCUACCCUGAAGCAUGCUUUCAAUGCAAAAGAUAUGAAUUCUUUAGUUUAUCGGAUUAUUGAAGGAAAGCUGCCACCAAUGCCAAGGGAUUACAGCCCAGAGUUGGCAGAACUGAUAAGAACAAUGCUGAGUAAAAGGCCUGAAGAAAGGCCGUCUGUGAGGAGCAUCCUGAGGCAGCCUUAUAUAAAGCGGCAAAUCUCCUUCUUUUUGGAGGCCACAAAGAUAAAAACCUCCAAAAGUAACAUUAAAAAUGGUGACUCUAAAUCCAAGCCUUUUGCUACAGUGGUUUCCGGAAAGGCAGAAUCAAAUCAUGAAGUAAUCCACCCCCAACCACACUCUUCUAAGGGCUCCCAGACAUAUAUAAUGGAUGAAGGCAAAUGUUUGUCCCAGGAGAAACCCAGGGCCUCUGGUCCCUUGAAGUCACCUGCCAGUCUGAAAGCCCAUACCUGCAAACAGGACUUUAGCAAUACCACAGAACUAGCCACAAUCAGUAAGGUAAAUAUUGACAUCUUACCUGCAAAAGGGAGGGAUUCAGUGAGUGAUGACUUCGUUGAGGAGAAUCAGCCAAGACACUUGGAUGCCUCUAAUGAGUUAGGAGGUAUAUGCAGUAUUUCUCAAGUGAAAGAGGAGAUGCUUCAGAACAACAGUAAAUCCAGUGCCCAGCCUGAAAACCUGAUUCCCACAUGGUCCUCUGACAUUGUCGCUGGGGAAAAAAAUGAACCAGUGAAGCCUCUGCAGCCCCUAAUCAAAGAACAAAAGCCAAAGGACCAGGAUCAAGUUACUGGUGAAUGUACUAUAGAAAAACAGGGCAGAAUCCACCCAGAUUUACAGCCGCACAACUCUGGGUCUGAACCUUCUCUGUCUCGACAGCGACGGCAGAAGAAGAGAGAACAGACUGAGCACAGAGGGGAAAAGAGACAGGUUGGCAGAGAUCUCUUUGCUUUCCAAGAGUCGCCUCCUCGAGUUUUGCCUUCUCAUCCCAUUGUUGGGAAAGUGGAUAUCACAUCAAUACAAAAAGAGGCUGAAAACCAGUGUAGAGUGGUCACUGGGUCUGUGAGCAGUUCAAGGAGCAGUGCGAUGUCAUCAUCAAAGGAUCGACCAUUAUCAGCCAGAGAGAGGAGGCGACUAAAGCAGUCACAGGAAGAAAUGUCCUCUUCAGGCCCUUCAGUGAGGAAAGCUUCUCUGAGUGUAGCAGGGCAAGGAAAACCCCAGGAGGAAGACCAGCCCAUGCCCGCCCGACGGCUCUCCUCUGACUGCAGUGUCACUCAGGAAAGGAAACUGAUUCAUUGUCUGUCUGAGGAUGAGUUAAGUUCUUCUACAAGUUCAACUGAUAAGUCAGAUGGGGAUUGCAGGGAAGGGAAAGGUCAGACAAAUGAAAUUAAUGCCUUGGUACAAUUGAUGACUCAGACUCUGAAACUGGAUUCUAAAGAGAGCUGUGAAGAUGUCCCAGUAGCAAACCCAGUGUCAGAAUUCAAACUUCAUCGGAAAUAUCGGGACACACUGAUACUUCAUGGGAAGGUUGCAGAAGAGGCAGAGGAAAUCCAUUUUAAAGAGCUGCCUUCAGCUAUCAUGCCAGGUUCUGAAAAGAUCAGGAGACUAGUUGAAGUCUUGAGAGCUGAUGUAAUUCAUGGCCUGGGAGUUCAGCUUUUAGAGCAGGUGUAUGAUCUUUUGGAGGAGGAGGAUGAAUUUGAGAGAGAGUUCUUUCAGCCUCACCAUUCAGUGAGUCCCGAGUUCUUGUCCUGUGACCAGGAAGAGGUACGCAGACAAGUGAAGGGUACAUUUGCGGGAGCACAUGGGUGAAAAGUAUACAACUUACAGUGUGAAAGCUCGCCAGUUGAAAUUUUUUGAAGAAAACAUGAAUUUUUGAGUGUUUGUCCUAAUCUGCUGCCGGAAUUAAAGACCUAUUUUUAGAGAUUUUUGGCUUAAAAAACAAGGGCAAACAGUCAUUUGGAAGCCAUUCACCACUGUUUUAUAUCUCUUUUUAUAUCUCUUUGGGGUUUUCCUACAGAAAAGAAAUUGGACAGCAGGAUCACGAAAGAAAAAAAACUUUGGCUUUCAUAUUCUGAGGACUAAUCUGUUGUUUGUUUGAUUACUGUUUACUGAGCCUUAAUCCACCAAGUUUAUAUCUAGAAUUUUAUUUUUUUAAGGUACUGAUUAGCUUAAACAUAGGGCUUGAAAAAUUUUGGAUUGAAAUUUUUUGGAUUGAAAAAAUUUUUUUUUUUUUUUUUUUUUUUUUUGAGACAGAGUCUUACUCUGUCACCCAGGCUGGAGUGCAGUGGUGCAAUCUCAGCUCACUGCACGCUCUGCCUCCCAGGUUCACGCCAUUCUCCUGCCUCAGCCUCCCAAGUAGCUGGGACUACAGGCGCCCGCCACCACGCCUGGCUAAUUUUUUUGUAUUUUUAGUAGAGACGGGGUUUCACCAUGUUAGCCAGGAUGGUCUCCAUCUCCUGACCUUGUGAUCCGCCCGCCUUGGGCUCCCAAAGUGCUGGGAUUACAGGCAUGAGCCACCAUGCCUGGCCAUAAAUUAUAAAAUUUAAAAAAGUCAAUUCACAGUUCUAGAAAUAGAUUUAAAGAAUAUGAAGUUCUGUCUAGUACUUGAGCAGCUGAAUUUCUUUUCUACACAUUGAUGGACUUUUAAUAUUUUAUUCUCAUUUAAUAUAAACCUCAUCUAGGGUAUAUACAAAUUAAAACUGAGAUACAUUGCCUUUGUAAAUUAGUAUGUUUUUACAUAAUGGUCUUGUUAGAUUUAUUUUUCCAUCAGUGAAAACAUUUCUUAAACACAAAUUUCAUUUCGGUUUAAGCAAUUUGUAAGCAGUCUAGUUCCAUUUAGUUUUUGGAUAUAUUUAAUGUUUGUCUCCUGAAGUUUGUCUUCAUGUACUUUAAGAUAUUAGUUGUCGUUCCAUGUUUUAAAUGUAUGAUUAUAUAUCACAUAUUUUAUUAGUGAAAUGUUUAAGAAGAGGUAAUACCCAUCUAGGAAAGAAAUUUUAUAAAGUUAAAUACAAGUCUUGAAUAGUACAUUUUCACUUCUGUAUUCGAGGGACUCUAAAAAUAAAUAUUGCUCUAGAAAUGUU